AUGAGUUUCAAAGGCAAGGUUGUGCUAAUAACUGGUGCCAGCUCCGGUAUUGGAGCCGCGACGGCUAUUGAAUUCGCUAAAAAUGGAGCCAGCGUGGCCAUCGUCGGCAGGAACGUGGAAAAAUUGAACAAAGCCGCCGAAAACUGUUCCAAAUAUUCCAAACCGUUGGUAAUCAAGGCCGACGUAGGCGACGACGAAGAAUGUAAAAAAAUGGUUGCAUCUGUCAUAAAAACAUUUGGAAAACUUGAUGUGUUGGUCAACAAUGCUGGGAUAAUGCGAGAUGGAACCAUUAUGGAAGGUAACCUCUUGGAAAUUUAUGAUGAAAUCAUGAAAGUUAAUGUCCGAGCGCAUCUUAAGGUGACCUCCCUUGCAGCGCCAUAUCUGGUCAAAACUAAAGGUAAUAUCGUCAAUAUAUCAAGUGUCGCCGCCUCUUUGACUCCGAAAAUGAAAGGCGUGACUCCGUAUUGUGUCUCAAAGGCGGCAUUAAACCAUUUUACACGCUGUGCGGCUGUGGAAUUGGCGGGUGAAGGCGUACGAGUCAACACAGUGAGCCCUGGACCAGUUAUAACCGACUUUAUGGAAAACGCUGGUGUAACAGAUAUUAAGAUGGAGAAUUUUGCCGACUCUAUGCCAUUGAAAAGAGUAUCGCAGUCUGUGGAAAUUGCGGAUAUGAUAUUAUUUUUGGCAAGUGACAGGGCUGUUGGCGUGACAGGAGCGGAAUUUAUUGUUGACAACGGCUGCAGCCUGCGUGUUUAA